GCGGAAGCGGCUCGGCCUCACCGGGGGGCUCCGCCAUCCCCGCUCCCAUCCUUCCUUCUCUCCUUCCCCGACCCGCAGCCGGGGAUGCGGGGCCCAGCCCGGUGCUGCCGUGGCCCGCGGGCGGCCGGCGGCUGAGCGCCAUGGUGCCCUGCGGGGCGCUGCUGUGGCGGCGGCUGCUGCGGAAGCGCUGGGUGCUCGGCGUCGUCUUCGGGCUCUCCCUCGUUUAUUUCCUCAGCAGCACCUUCAAGCAGGAAGAAAGGACGGUGAGAGAUCGGAACCUCCUCCAAGUGCAAGAGCACGAGCAGCCGAUCCUGUGGAAGGACCAGUUCAGCUCAGGGAACAGCAGCCAUCUGAGCAACCAGUGCCGGAAUUCUGUUCAGGGGAAGCUCCUCAUCACAGAUGAACUGGGCUACAUCUGUGAGAGGAAGGACUUACUGGUCAAUGGCUGUUGUAAUGUCAACGUGCCCAGCACAAAGCUGUACAGCUGUGACAGCUGCCUUCCCAACGGCUGCUGUAGUGUGUAUGAGUACUGUGUGUCCUGUUGCCUGCAGCCCAACAAGCAACAUCUGUUGGAGCGUUUCUUGAACCGGGCAGCUAUUGCUUUCCAAAACCUCUUCAUGGCAGUUGAAGAUCGUUUUGAGUUGUGUCUGGCGAAAUGUAGGACUUCAUCACAGAGCGUGCAGCAUGAAAACACCUACAGAGAUCCAAUUGCAAAAUACUGCUAUGGCGAAUAUCCCCCAGAGCUGCUGCCUGUUUGAAAGCUGCGUGAUCUAAACAACAAGGGGAAAGAACUGGAGACUGGAAUCCAAAAGGAAGACAAAGCUGCUGCUUUACAGGAGCCUCGGCGUAAAUGGUUUAUGAUGUUUCUGGCGGCAAACCCAGGAGGUGUACAGUGUAAGCAAGGGACUUAAGUUCUGUGGACUUGAAUCUUGCUUUUUUCAGUUGAUGUUAUGCACCUGCUUUAGAGCACUGGAAGGGAAUUCUUUGAGUAAUUCUUACAACAGCUAGUGUUUUAGGAUGCAUGGAGUGGAUCUAUAAAAUAUAAGAAAAACAUCUAAUGUAGCUUUGCAGCUGUACCUGUAGGUUGAGUUGUCUCUGCAGUCCAGAGACUUUCCAGAAUGACAGUAAUAAUGAGAGGAUUCUUGCUUUUAGAGGGUAAAGCAUGCCUGUUGUGCUUUUUUCUCUGGAGUGCUUUUCUGAUAUGCAUGGUGUAUGCUACAUAGGUAAUUAUGAAUUAUUUAUUCAAUUUAUAUGGAUUACUAGCUGAAAGUAUUGAUGCUUUGCAUAGCUAGUUGUUGAUGCCUUUCAGUCCCUGUUUCUUUCUAUCAGGUAGAAAGGAUAUUUUACAUCCUGACUAAAAUUGGUUGGUGUCUUUCCUCCUUAGUCAAAAGGAUUUUUAUUGGGAUUCAUUGCUAUAGAGCUUAUGUUCCUCUUAGUGAAUUUAAAGCAUUCAGAACUCCAAUGGAGUUGUUACUCUGUCAAAGUCCCAUAGCAUGAGAGAAGAGCAGGGAUCUGCCCAGGAUGGGACGUUUGUCUGUAAGUGCUUUCCUUUGUACUCUGCAAAGGUUUCCUCGAAGAGGAGUCUUAGCUUUGUAAACAGCUCUCUGCUAGUCCACUUUCUCACAGGAAGCACUGAAAAUUUAGUUGCUUGAACUUGUUCAGGCCUUGGUAGCUCAAUUAUACUUCACUCCUGGUUGUGCAGGAGGCAAAAGGGUGGAGUUGUUCUAGGAUCCCAGUUUAAUGAUCUCCUUGUACACAAAGUAAUUAUGCUGGAAUGUCAGAACGUGGCACAAGCCCUCCUCUGAGGACAACUGUGUUGCAUGAGUUCAGUUAAACCAUCAGGGUAUUUAGAUUUGCUGUUUGAUAUACUUGCUACUCUGAAUUUUACUGCCAUUUUGAAUGGCAGUAGAGCAGGGUUUGUUCUCCCAGUUUCCUACAACUAGAAAAUCUCAGUUUGUUUCCCUCGUAAGUAAGGCUGCUCAAUACAGGAAAGAUGGGUAGAAAACCUGUAAGAUGUUGACUAAAUUUGUGCUCUCCCCACAUGUUGCUAUGUGAAGCCCAAGUGCUAGAAUGAACUGGGCUGUUCUUCCCUAUGCAGAGCCUCAUUUCCCUUGUUUUUCCCAUAGUCAUCUCUGUCCAGCUAGGGCACUUCUGAUUUUGACUUUGUGUAUGCUUGUUUAAACUGAUACUUCCUGUUCCCUGACUUAAAUAAAACAAUCUACAGAGGUUUUAUUAAGAAAAAACAAGCACAGUGGCAAAAGAUAUCCGUACAAUGCUAUUGCAGGAUAUUCUCACGUGCGUCUAGUUAAAAUUAGAUGUGAUAUAAACAAGUGUUAUCAGCCAUCUGAUAAAAUACACUUGCAUUGUUUUUAUUGUUCUUUCCCAAUAGUCAUCAAGUGAGAUAAUGAUUCCCAUCAGCAGAUUCUCUUGAAAAUCCCAUUUCUGCAAAAGCUUUAGUGUUAGCAGUUUAUCCAGCUGGAAAUCUGUCUCCCCUUUGCUGCCAUCCUAUGGCAACUUUCUGCAGCAGACAUGGUGCAGUGUGAAAUACCAUCUUGAGAAGGUAGCAGAGCUUACUCCCUUAUCUUUUCGGUGUUAAACAGAUUCUUUGUCCCUGUUCCAGCAUUUUAUAACUGUCUUUCUCAGGAAAGACCAUCAGGUUGGUACUAUCUUUCCUACUGAGAAGUAUGCCAGCACUUCAUGUUGUUGCACUAAGAUCAAUAUGCUGAUGGCUUGUUCUUUCAUUCUUUUCCAACUUGUUAUUAAUUCUUUAGCUGGUGAUACCACUGCUUGAAGCAGUAACUGUGAGAAAUCAUAAGAACCAACCUAAUUCAGGGAAUGUUAGUAGGAAUUCCUGGCCCCUUUCUCUUUCAGAGAAACAGGAUGUGAUCAGAAAUGCAUUGUGACCAUUGCCCAUUCAGUGGGACAGAAACUGCAUUUUCCCUCCCUGGUUGUCAAGCUGUUCAAAUUGUCUAUGCUAUAUGUUAAAUCAUUAAAAAUGUAUUUGUUCCAAAA